CUUGCUAUAUAAACUGCAUAACGUAUUAAACGUCAUGACUUUCUCAUUAAGCAAAGAAAACAUCCUCGUUCCUUCAUACAGAGGUCGUUUGACCGAAGGUAUCACCUACGAUCCAAGAAACGAUAGUUUAAUCUGGAUAGAUAUUAUUGUUGGUGAAGUUCACCGAAUUAGUUUGAGUGAUACCUCCAAGCAUGAGAUUUUAAAAUGGAAAAACCCUGCUGAAACAGUUGGUGCUAUUGCAUUAACCAAGCAAGAAGAUGUUCUUGUCGUGUGUUCCAAAUAUGGACUCGCCAAAGGUGAUUUCUCCACCGGAGAAAUUGAGUAUUUCUUUAAAUAUCCACAUGAUGAACAACAGCAAGUUAGAUUAAGAUCUAAUGACGGUAUUGUUGAUCCAUGGGGUCACCUUUGGAUUGGUGUCAUGAAUGAUUUCAACGUUGCUACUACAGAAGGAAUUAAACCUGAAGGUAAGCUUUACAGAAUAAACACAACUGACUUCACCAUUGAAACUAUGGUCGAUAACACUUUAAUUGCUAAUGGGUUGGCAUUUAGUGAAGAUGGUACCAAGCUUUUCUGGACUGACUCAUUAACUUUUACAAUUUGGAGAUUUGAUUAUGAUUACAAGACAAACACUUUAAGUAAUAAGACUCCAUUUAUUGAAACCAAGAAGAUUUAUCCUGACUUUGAAAGUCCAGAACCAGAUGGGUUAGUCAUGACUAAAGAUGGUGAUAUCUAUACUACUAUUUUCAGUACUUCAACUGUUUUACAUGUUAAUGCUAAAGGUGAAGUUGUUGAAAAGAUUUCGCUUCCUGCUGAAAGAAUCACCUGUGCCACCAUUGGUGGUAAACAAGGCGAUACACUUUUCGUCACUACUGGUCAUUUAGAUUUAGAAAAACCUACUUGUGAUUCUAGAGCUGAAGAUAAAGAUGGUGAUUUAGGUGGAUUCUUGUUCUCCUUGAAGUUGGAUCGUAACUUGAAUGGACAACCAAAGAAUAUUUGGGGUGGUAAAUUGUAGUUAGUGUUAAAUUUAUAGAUUAAAUAUAUACAGACUAAUCACUCA